AUGAAAAGAGGGAAUGAUGAUGAGAAGAUGGUGGGGCCAUUGUUUCCUAGGUUACAUGUUGGUGAUACUGAGAAAGGAGGGCCAAGAGCUCCACCUAGGAAUAAAAUGGCUUUAUAUGAGCAAUUUAGUAUUCCCUCUCAAAGGUUUAACUUGCCACUACACCCCAAUACUUCGGGCAAUUCGGUUCCUCCCCCGGCUUCCUCGAGCCAGGGGACUGUCCAUGAGCGAAAUUAUGUUUUCCCCGGUCAUUUGACUCCGGAAACACUUAUUCGUCAAGCUGGAAAACAUCUCUCUCGCCAACUUGAACAUAGAAAGAAGGUUGAUGAAGAUGACUUUAGGGUUCCUGUAUACGUUCGUUCAAAUAUUGGUCAAUCUAAUGAGAAAAGGCCCGAGAGUUUUGAUGGGAAGAGACCCUUUCCUACGGGCUCUCGGUAUUCUGGUUUUUUGAAACCAGGUAAAGUUGAUUGGGAGAGGGAGCUGAAACAGCAUGGCUCCGCAGUUGUUAAUGCAGGGACAGAUGUGAGAAAUGAGAUUGAUGGUCCUCCGCAAGUAAGUCCAAAUAAGGAGCAUCCGUUUUCGUCUGCCAGAGACGAAUCGACUGGAGAGCGUAUUGACACCUUAUUAAGACAAGCCAAAGUGACUCCAAAUCAAGAGGUUCAAGAUUGUCGUGUGUUCAAACAUAGCAGUUUACAUCAAGGUGAUGCACGCUUACGACAAGACUGUCGAGCUGAGUCUCAAUCCAAUGGACAUGGACAAAGUGAUGGUCUCCUUGAAUCUACAAGGGAGGUAGACAAGAGUGACGGCCCUAUAGUAAACCAAACAAGGCUAACCGAGGCUAUCGAUGACACUGAAUAUCAUGAUACCGGGACAGGCAGUCUGAAACAGUUAGGAAAUUUAAACAAAAAUGACAACAUUUCUAAGAUCUCCAGGGUAGAAGAUUUGUCAACUGUGAAAAUUUUUCCUGAUGAUGUUGUUGCAGUAAUAGGCCAAAAACAUUUCUGGAAAGCCAGAAAAGAAAUUGCCAAUCAACAAAGAGUGUUUGCAGUACAAGUGUUUGAGUUGCAUAGACUAAUAAAGGUUCAACAACUGAUUGCCGGAUCGCCAGAUCUAUUGUUUGAUGAUGGUGCUUUUUUAGGAAAGUCUCUUCCAGAUGGAUCUACUCCUAAAAAACUCUCAUUGGAAUAUGUUGUAAAAACUCAGCUACAAAAUCUUAAGCGCAAAGUUGAUUCUGAAAAGAUAAAUCAAAAUAUGGAAUGUUCAGCAGAGAAUGCGGUUGGUAAAACAUCUAUUUCAUCAGUGAAAAAUACGAGCCACCUUUCUAAUUCCAUGCCUUUUGCCGGAAAUCCACACCAAGGAAAUAUGGCUGCUGAUAGUGGGAUGGGCCCCUGGUGUUAUAAUCAGUCACCUGGGCAUCAGUGGUUAAUUCCUGUAAUGUCUCCGUCUGAAGGGCUCGUCUACAAGCCGUAUCCCGGGCCUGGAUUUACUGGAACAAAUUUUGGAGGAUGUGGUCCGCCCUUUGGGGCUGCUCCUUCGGGUGGCACUUUUAUGAAUCCUUCCUAUGGAAUCCCACCUCCACCAGAGACUCCUCCAGGAAGCCAUCCUUAUUUCCCUCCCUAUGGCAGCAUGCCAGUUAUGAAAGCUGCAGGUUCAGAGUCAGCUGUUGAACAUGUGAACCAAUUCUCUGCACGCGGGCAAAAUCGCCGUUUAUCUGAAGAUGAAGCUGAUUGUAACAAACAUAAUCAAAACUCAUGCAAUUUACCGGUUCAGAGAAACGGAACUACAUCACAUGUCAUGUAUCAUCAGAGAUCCAAGGACUUUGAGUUGCAGAUGAGUACCGCAAGUAGUCCUGGCGAAAUGGCACAAGAAAUAAGCACAGCACAAGUGGCUGAAGAACGAGAUGUACUACCUCUUUUCCCUAUGGUUCCAAUAGAACCAGAGAGUGCUCAUUCUCUCGAAACAGGACAACAAACUCGAGUUAUCAAAGUUGUACCUCAUUCUCUCGAAACAGGACAACAAACUCGAGUUAUCAAAGUGGUACCUCAUAACCGAAGAUCUGCAACUGAAUCAGCAGCUAGAAUUUUCCAAUCAAUUCAAGAAGAGAGAAAACAAUAUGACGGACUCUAG